AUGAGUCGUCAAAUUGAGCAAGCACUGCUCUCAUUGAUGCCAACAUAUGGCUCUGAUUUACCUCCAGCUCUCGUUGAACUUGCGGGCUCUCUGCUUGCCCAGUCUCGGCAUCAAGCAAGUACCCUGAAGGCAGAUGAAGAGAUUGCUAGAACAUACGCUUGCGCAAACAUUGCGUGUGAUCGCCUAAAAAUCACUCUUGAUCUUCCGCCUAUCGAGCCAAGACCGCCAAUUCCUCCUCGUAUCUACAAGCGUCUCUACACUCAUCUUGAUAACAUUCUGCGCGGAAACUCAACUCCUACAAGAGCUACUCCAGGACGAACAAGAACACCAGGUUCAAGAGUCCGCGAUGCCGAUAACUCACUCGCCUCUGGCUCACGACCACUACCAUCAAGAGCAACACCAACAAAAGAACAAAGUUUAGCGCAGUUCAGGACACCAACAAAGGGGGCUACUGGUACACCGACGAAAUCUACUCGCAAGAAGGAAGCUUUUGCCGGCGUCAAUCUCCAUGCAUGGAUUCAACCUACCACAAGAUGGGUAUGUGCAGAAACUGACCACAAGAAGCUGGCUCCCACGAUUUUGGCUGGCAUGGAGAACAUCAUAACACCUGCAGGUCGACGGACAGAUGACGAGUGGGUUCUGCAGAAUCUCACGGCUUUGUUUGCCGCUAUCUAUUUUUUCGUGACUAUGCGGGUCAAAGCUCUUGCUUCUGGCGAAGGUAUUGAUAGGGAAGGAUAUGUCCCUCUUCGAAAAGAGAUCCUUGCUCUACUCGCCAGAGCACGAAAUGAAGUUACAGUUAAGGAUCUGGCGGAGGAGAACGCUUGGGAAGGUUGGUCGACUGUCAAGUCCAAGGAUUUCGACGAUGCGGUUGCUAAAGUCAAUGAACGAGCAUGGCUCACGGGUGACUGGUAUCAAGGAAUCGCAGAUGUCGUCAAGCUGACCCAAAGAAACCAUCUCGAGGACGUCGAGAUGCGGGAUGAGGAGACGAUCCCAAAGAUGCAAAUUAAAAAGGCAGACACCAUGUUUCAAGACAAGUACGACUUUCUCAGCGAGGCGAAACGGACAAACUACAGUCACUGGAAGGAAGCUAUGUUCGCCAAAAUUGCUCUAUCGACAACUCAAGGUGCUGCCAUGGAGGUAGAUACAUAG